AAUUUGAACUGGAAAAGGUCAAAAUGCCAUCUACGCAAAAUCAAACUUCUUGGCAAGCCUUGCUCAGAAAACUGACAUGAACAGUUUACGUUUGCUUUGAUGACGAAGUCGUGAAAGUUGUGUUUUUAGAAGAUUUGGCUCAUAAAAUUAAAAGGAACUAAUUAAAGAUGAAUUUCACACCAUUUGGUGUGCCUUUAUCGGCAGCAUUGCCGGUAGCCACCCAAUUCACAGCAGGAAAAAUUACCCAAAGUGUUACGACUCCAAACGGUCAAGUCGUAGGCGUUUUACAGGGUGGUGAAAAUGGUGUUCAUUAUAUUCGUCCAUUAGACGCAAAUGCCUUUGCAACGGCAACAUCUCAUCAAAAUCAGGCUAUGUUUCAGGGGACCCAAAUAAUAACGCUACCCAUCACGAUGCCUGGGGCUAAACCUGGAGAUCCCCAACAAACUGUACAAAUCCAAGUUGUCAAUCCACAACACACCCCCGUUUCGCAGGCGAGUCCACCGAGUUCUCCUAAAUAUCAAAUUUCACAGAUACCUAUCCAAGCUUUUAGCCAAGGUGCUACGGUUCUAACAGUAGCUUAUAAUUCGAAUCAGGAAGGAAUUCAAAUUUUGGACGGUCAGAACGGCGUUCCAGAAGGCAUGACUGUAGUCGCAGCUCUUCAACCGCAAGAUAUCCAGUUGAUACAAGCCCAUACUGAAUUAGAAAAAAGUGAUAAAGAUUCAACACCCGUUGCUAUGAUAAAAAACGAAUUAAAAGAUUCCGAAGAAACAGCUGCUUCCAUGUCUCUUCCCACCCAGUACCUCCAAACUACAAACCUACAGGAAUACCUUCAAAAAAUGCAAAACACUGCCUUACCCCUUAGCUUGCAACAGUUUUUAAAAUUCAACACUACCGAUAUAAAAAGAGAAAUCAUCUCUGAAGACGGAAUAAUUGAAACUGUUAGCAUUGCCACUCAUGAUGGCAAUGGUCACCUUAUUAUGCAAGAUGUUGGUGAGAUGGAAAAUGAGGAAAGUGUGGAUGAUCCCAAUGAUAAGGGAAAGAAAAAAAAGAGAUACAAGAAGAAACCUCCGAAACCAAAGAAACCUAAACCGGGACAAGUACACAUAGCCACUGCCUUAGACGGCACGACGCUCUUCUGUUGUCCAGAGUGUCAUAUGGCCUAUCCCGAAAAGGAGCUCUUGGAACAACACUUGGUGGGCCACAAAAUCGAGAGAAGGUUUAUCUGUGACAUCUGUGGAGCCGGUCUAAAACGCAAAGAACACUUGGAGCGACACAAACUUGGUCACAAUCCGGAACGGCCUUUUGUCUGUUCAGUGUGUAUGAAGGGAUUUAAGAGAAAAGAACAUUUGAACUUACAUUUUGUCAUCCAUUCUGGAGAGAAGACAGAGAUAUGCGGAGAGUGCGGCAAAGGUUUCUAUCGAAAAGACCAUUUAAGAAAACACGCCAGAUCCCAUAUCACCCGAAGAGCUAAAGAACAAGCGGAACAAGCCGAAAGAGCGCAAGGCCUUUUAGGGAAAGACCCUCAACUAGGCGUCAGUACGAGUACAGCUCAAGUUACCAUUAGUGUGGGUGGAGUUCCCAAUUCUCAAAUUCAAAUUCCUGUUCAGAUCCAAGUACCACAACAUCUACAAGUUGCCGCUUCCAAUGAAGAAGAUAAUGAUAACGUCGUGAGUACUGUCGUUUUGCCUUCGGCAUCGGAAGGUCUUUCUAUUUUACCUAAUUAGUAAAAGAGGUAUCUUAAGAAACACAUGUAUUAUAGAUUAUGAUUUCAUUUGAAACUGGAGUCAAAAAUCUUGAUCAGAGAGAGCUCCUGUCACUUUGUAGCGUUUGACAAAAAAAUAAUGUACCAAAUACAUAUUAUUUUUGAAAGAACAAUAACUAUAAAGAGGAUUAUGAAAAAUUAUUGAAUUCCUGAUUAUGGGAGUACUUUUAGAAAUUACUUGAUUAGCUAAACCCUCUGAAUAAAAAGUUGUAUAAUAAUAUUUUAAAAGCUGACGCAGUUAAACAUUAAGAGUAUAUAUAGUUUCUCACUAAAACAUUUACUGUCAUUUAGAGUGAUUUUGAUAAAGUAGACUAGUAUAUUGUUUAACACUAGAAAUAAAAAGAAAUGGUAUUCAUUUCCUACGAAUAUGAUAUUUAUUGCAUCACCCGCAGACAAUAGUACCGUUUUGUUGCAAAAACAAUUAAACUUCAACAUGAUAAAAUUAGAUUUUUUGGUUCUCGAAGAAAAAAAUAUUUAAUCUAGAUCUAGUAAGAAUAAAACGUCUACUUUUGGCAAUUUUUUUCUCAGAAACUAUUCCAAUCCAAUCAGAAUAAAUCAGAAACAAAAAUAACCAAUCAAUUUUUAACUAUAACGAGAAUGUUUUGAAUUUUGAUUUUUACUGUUAUAGUAUUAUAAUUUGAUAUAACAAGAAUAAAUUAAAAUCUAGGAGCUUUAAAACAACUGGAAACAACGCUAUAGACUACUAUAGAGGUUUUUUACAUUAAUCGUAUUCAGUAAAAUUUUUACAACAGGAAACAGAAACAUUUUCAGUUUAAAAAUAAUAAAAAAUGGGUACUGCAAAUUGUACAAAAUGUGGGGUAAGCCUAUUUUUGAAUCAGGAGAGUCCAGAUUUGACAUUUGUAACGUUACUAAACUUACCGUUAUUCUGAUAUUAUUAUUCACUUUCGUUUUUUAAAUACAUCGCCAUGUAUUUUGUGUCAUUAUUGGAAUCCCCUUCAAUAUGAGUUCAACCAUAUUUGAGUUGACAACAAUUUCAUACCAAUUUUUGUUAAUAGUGUUGGACGGUCUGGUUAUUUUUUAAGAAUAUUAAAAUUAUGGAAAAGUCCUCAUCGCAAAUGUCGUCUUUUUAAACCCAUUUUAUUGUUAUAGGGGCUAGGUCAAAUCGACAAAAGUCUUCUCUUCUGUUUUAGGACUAAGUGCUCCCUUAUCGUGUUCAGUGUAAACGUGACUGUUUCCCACUGCCACUUUAGGAUCAACCAGCGACGAAAAACUACUAGAAUAAUCCAUUCAAGCAUAAUUAAGUCCUUAUUUAUUGCAACUAUUAAGGUUGUGUUUUAUAUUAUACAGACAGAGCUGUUGCAUUAGAAAAAGCGAUACGGCUGCUAAAUUGAGAGGGGUUGGUUUGUGCGAGCUUGUUUAUCUGAGAUGCGAGCACGCGUUUUAUGAAUGAACCAGAUCGUACUGCUAUAAUUCCUGCUUUACACUGUAAAUAAAUGGCGUACUUUCCUGUAAAUUACCUUCAGCUCCAAUAAUAGUUGCAACUAUAAAAGUACAUUAACAGAUAGUCACUACUACUAAGAUUGCAAAUAUUCUUCCUUAAUGCAAUUUUCAAAUCUUUUUGUGCGUUUUAGAGCCUUAUGUUAAGUCAAUUCCGAAUUAUAACCAUAACAAAACUCUCCCAUAAUAAUUUGGCAACUACGUGGAUAACAAAUCUUGAAUACUUGUAAUUCGAUUUUUGUAAACAAAAUUAGUCUAAUAGUUCAAAGUGACAGAAGUCUCAUUUAAAAACUCGUUUUUAUAAUUCAUUUAUUAUAACAUAUUGUAAAUAUUUUUGUUAACUUAAUUUAUUUAAAUAUUAUACUGUUAUUUAUAAUAUUUGUUUUGAAGAAUUAGUUUAAAACUCUGAAAUGCCUUAACGAUCAUUAAGGCAUAUAAUUAUUACAGUAUUAAGCAUAAACUUUAGUGUGGCAAUGCUAUGAAAAAUGCACCAUGUCUUUUUUAUAAAAAAGUAACGACAAUAAACUGAUUUAGAUUUUUAAAUUAAAUUAUUAAUUCUUUUUGCUUUACAACAGUCAAACAAGUAUAAAAAUCAAAUCAAAUAGAAUAAAUUCAUCCGUCCAAUUGAUUUAAGUAUGUACUUCAUAAACGAUUAAUAAAUGUUUAAAAAAUAUUUUUUAACACAGUAUACCUGAGAGUAUGCCCUAAUAUAUAGAAAUAAUAUUUAAAAUGCAAAAUAAAAGCAAAUAUUAAACAUCUUGCAUUUUUUAUCUAGCUGUGCAUAAUUGUUUUUUUUUUUUCAAGUAUUUUUGAUUGGAGAAUGCUCUCUGUAUUUUUCGAUUUGAAAUCAACAUCAAUUUUCACGUAACAUCAGAAUGGAUAAUUAUUUAAUUGAAUAAAUACGUUAUGGUUUAAGAGUAAAACUUAUAUUUUUGACAUUUUCAAAAUUAAAUAUUAAUUUUUAACUUCGAACACAAAACAUUUUUGUAUUAAUUUGCUACAAGAUUUCAAAUGGAAUAUUUUUAACAGAUUUGGUUGUUUAAAAUAUUUUUAUACUAAAGAGACAAACGUAACCUAGAUACCUAUCAAUUUUUGAGAUUAAAAAUAAUUGAAUGGCAAUUAUGUAAUUAAUUUAUGAAGAUUUUUUAUUGAACCAAAUCUUGAAUAUUUUAUUUUUAGUUCAAAGUAGUUGAAACGAAUUAAUAAGUAGGUUGUCCUGAACAUUAUGUUAAGUUUACAUCUAGCUAUAAAUUUAUAUAGUUUACUAGUUUAAUAUGAAAAAUAAUUACUAUAUUUUUUGAGUGAAAAAAUAUUUUUUUCACCUACCUCGUAUUUAAUAUUAUGACAAAUCAUUUAAGCAAAAAUUCAAAUUCCUUUGUAUAGGGAUUAUUGUGAUCAAAUUGAUUAAAUUCAAAACUUUGAUGUAAAUAUUUAUACAUGUUAAAUUUAUUAAAGCUAAAUAUUUAAGUAGGUGAUAUCUUUUUAUACUAUUGACAUUCUUGAAUUUUAUAAAUGAAUAAAAAUUAUAUAAUAUGAA